GGGGGGACCUAGUUCGAUUUCCCGCCAUCUCUUCUCCACUGAGCUCUGCCCGGAGCCCAGGAAUACAGGAGGCGCUCAACAGGACAAGGGAACUGAACCUCUUGCCACCCUGGGCCCUGAAGCCCGCAGACCCACGCCUCUUUCCUUGCCAAUCCUCCGCGGUCCUCCAGGAACAUAGAGGGCGGCGGAGGGCCGCCCCUCUCUAUGCUCUACCCGGUGGGGAGCAGUGAGACGGGCCGCGGGCCAGAGAGACCGGAAGUGAGGAGAACUGGGGCCACGCUAGCCGCGCUGGCGGGACGUCACCUCGAUCCCCUGCCGUCUUUCCCUCCCGGAUUUGGGGCUAGCAGGCUCCUAAUGGAACCAGGGAAGGACGAGGAGGCGGGGCCGCAGCCUGCAGGGCCACCCUCAAGGAAAAAAUUUGUAAUACCGCUGGACGAGGAUGAGGUCCCUCCUGCAGGGGCCAAGCCCUUGUUCAGAUCCACAGGGAGCCUUCCUACUGUGGAGACCUCUGCCCAGGUGUCCCCUCAGACCUAUGCUGAGUAUGCCAUCUCACGGCCUCCAGGAGGGGCUGGAGCCACGUGCCCCACAGUGUCAGAACCCCUGGCAGGAGAGACCCCCAACCAGGCCCUGAAACCAGGAGCAAAAUCCAACAGCAUCAUCGUGAGCCCCCGGCAGAGGGGCAACCCGGUGCUGAAGUUCGUGCGCAACGUGCCCUGGGAAUUUGGUGAAGUGGUCCCCGACUACGUGCUGGGCCAGAGCACCUGUGCCCUCUUCCUCAGCCUCCGCUACCACAACCUCCACCCAGACUACAUCCAUGAGCGACUGCAGAGCCUGGGGAAGACCUUCGCCCUGCGCAUCCUGCUGGUCCAGGUGGACGUGAAAGACCCUCAGCAGGCCCUCAAGGAGCUGGCGAAGAUGUGCAUCCUGGCCGACUGCACGCUGAUCCUUGCCUGGAGCCCCGAGGAAGCCGGGCGCUACCUGGAGACCUACAAAGCCUACGAGCAGAAGCCGGCAGACCUUCUGAUGGAGAAGCUGGAACAGGACUUUGUGUCCCGGGUCACGGAAUGUCUGACCACCGUGAAGUCUGUCAACAAAACAGACAGUCAGACCCUGCUGGCCACCUUUGGAUCCCUGGAGCAGCUCAUUUCUGCAUCACGGGAAGACCUGGCCUUGUGCCCAGGGCUGGGCCCCCAGAAGGCCCGCAGGCUGUUUGAUGUCCUGCAUGAACCUUUCCUCAAAGUGCCACGAUGAACAGCUGCCACCCCCAGUGUGACAAUAAAGCAUUCUUUGAGGCCAGG